AUGCUGAACUACAACCAACUAUCUGAAACCGAGAUCUGUAUUACAAAGCUCACAGUAGUCAGGACUCAGAUUGUGCCAGUCUGCAGUUUAAUAAUAAUCUGGCCCCUUGGCAGGUGUGCUACAAUCAACAGCAUGGAACGUGGGGAAACAAUGUCAUUUAACUGUGCAGGCAUGCAAGGACAGUAUGUGACCAUCACAAUCCCGGGGAGAUACGAAUACCUAACAAUCUGUGAAGUGCAGGUUCUUGCACAUCCAUGGCUUCAAAUAGUUCAUGAUGGAAGAAGGAGUCCUGUUCGAGACAGUGAAACUAACUCAGGAAAGACACAAAACAAGUAUCGGAUCAAAAAGAUGCUCUCGUUUGUUUUUGCAUUAAAUAAAUGUACCAUUGUCUCCAUUUCCAUGCCAGACCCUAAUAUAGCAGUGGGAAAACUUUCAUCCCAGUCUAGUACAUUUGAAGAAAAAGGGGAGUCAUGGAAGGCCAUUGAUGGAUCCCUGGCAAAUAUCUACACAAAUGGAGACUGUACUCUGACAAAGAAGGAUUUUGAGCCCUGGUGGAUGGUAGAUUUGACUUCAGAAUUUCAGGUAUCUGCAAUAGUGAUCACAAACAGAGGAGACUGUUGUGAGUCACGAAUAAAAGGCGCUGAGAUUCUGAUUGGAGAUUUGCCACAGAAGGGCGGCACAAUGAAUCCCAGUCUACAGACAUUGUGUCUUGAUAUUGACAGCAUCUCCUGUUUACCCCAGAGUAAUAAUGUCAUGAUAAUGUUCUCUCUUCUAGGUCUACAAGGCAGAGUUCUGAGUUUCCCCAAGGAAUCAAAAGGCAGUUUUGUGAUCAUAUCACCAAUGCGGCAUUUGAAUUUGAUGGAAUUCACACUCUGUAUGAGGAUUGCAGUAGAAUAUUUAGGUGAACACAACAUAAUUCUCUUCUCCUACCAUUCUCAAAGUGAUGAAUUGAGAAUCUUGCGUGAAGCAAUGGGCCACUUUGGUUUACACAUGGGGGGUAGGAGUGUGAGGUUUGCCCUUCCUGAUCUCAGCCCUCUGGGGAGCCACAUCUGUGUCACUUGGGAGUCAGUAUUUGGCCUUACAGCCUUUUGGAUGAAUGGAAAAAGUAGUAUCCGAAAGGUGUAUAAUAUGGGACACAUUCUACAAGCAGGUGGCACAGCAAUGCUUGGCCAGGAUCAAGGGGCACAAAAUAUGUCUGAUCAGAAAAAGCCAUAUUUUGUAGGAGAAAUAACAGAUCUCUACAUGUGGGAUUAUGUACUAAAAUCACAUGACAUACAGAAAGUUUUCCAGGCCCAUGAGUUUCCCAGCGGAAACAUCUUUGAUUGGAAAAUAUUGCCAUAUAAAAUUAGAGGUAAUGUGAUGGUAUUGCCUAAGGGCUAAUAA